AUGAGCUAUAGCAAAUUGGAAGUAUUUGAACCACCCACGAUUCUGAAUCUUACAGACUCGCACAAUCUAUCCGAAAUACACAACAUGUCCAUGAUCCAUCAUCUAGAGACUUUAAUUCUAUGGAACUGUGACAGUCUCUCUCGUGUUUGUGAAACAAUUAGAGACCUCACGAGUCUUGCACUACUGAACAUGACAGGAUGUAAAAACCUGUGCAAGAUCGAGCAAACAGAAGCUUCUACCUCUGGUGGAGGAGUUUUACAACAACCUACCUUUUUCUUCCCACGUUCAUUAUACCGGUUAUUCCUCAAGGAUUGCGAUCUUGAGUGUACUGAGUCUUUUCCUCUGAGUUUUUCUGUUCAACUAUCUCUGCAAAGUACGUGUGUCCAGCUGUUGUAUGAAUUCAAUAUAAUGAGCACAUCUCUUCCAUACAUGGAGGAUUCAAACAUCAAGCCUACAUAUGUAUCAGAGUUAUCAUCUUUGUCCUUUGAUGUGCCUCCACCUCCCAAGAAUAGGAGACUCAAAGGACUUGAUGUAACUUUCAAGUAUACAAUAUCAGGUGAGAAUGAUGGGUUAUGGUUCGGUAACAUUAGUACGACCAAUGGUGUUGAUUUGAUGUAUAACCCUAAAGUAUUUGGUAAACCUGAAUCUGGUGAAGUUGGUAUAUGGUUAAGCAAUUGGCCAAUUGGAAAUGCAUUGGACACGGGAGAUAAAGUCAACAUCUCUAUUGCUGUGAUCUGUGGAUUGGAGGUACAUGAAUGUGGUGUGAGCCUUGUUUAUAGUACUGAUGAUAAAGUUGCAGAGGAAACCUUGGAAAACAUGGAAUGGAUAGAAGUUCUUGGAGGAGAUUUGUUUGGAUUUCAACUAAGCACAAGGGCUUACUAUUUGUGUCGCCGUGAGUUUUUUGAGUUAAUGGAUUUUGGUAGACUGACUCUUGGUUGGUUUAGUAUUCCCCAAUCUACUUUUGGGCAUUUAUACUCAAAUUUAUGA